CCCAGAACUGAGCCUCUACUUUAGUCAAUCCUCUUUGUCUCUGUCCCUGGUAUUUUUUUAAUUUAUUUUCUCAAGAAAUCAGACCACCACAAUAUCGCAGGUGAAAAAAUGACUGAAGAGUCUCAGCAGCCGGUGACUGCUGUCAUCACACCAGGAGUUAAUUCCUUGACACAAGCCACCCCCAGUGCCGAUGUGGUAAAGCCAAAGGGUGACAACAAAAAAGAAAAAUGCAAACCAAUGACCAAGGUUGUGAUCAGACGAUUGCCUCCGUCAAUGACCCAAGACCAAUUCAUCGAGCAGGUUUCACCCCUUCCUGAACAUGAUUACUUGCACUUCGUCAAGGCAGACAUGUCCCUGGGACAACACGCCUUCUGCAGGAGCUACAUAAACUUCACAGACCAAAAAGACAUCUUCAUGUUCAGAGAGAAAUUCGAUAACUACGUGUUUGUCGAUGGUAAAGGGACUGAAUACCCAGCAGUUGUGGAGUUCGCACCGUUCCAGAGGCUUCCCAAAAAAAGAAUCGGGAGGAAGAAGGAUGUCAAGUGUGGUACCAUCGAGACUGAUCCCUAUUACGUUGCAUUUCUGGAUAGUCUUAAAAAUCUGGAGGCUGAUGCUGCUGGAACCCAGCCCAAGACUGAGUUCUCCUUUCAGCCGUUUGAUAAUGCUCAGAAGAAGGUCACCACCACUCCCCUGUUGGAGUACUUGAAGCAGAGGAAAAUGGAGAAGCAGAGGGUCAGGGAUGAGAAGAGAGAGGAGAGGAGGAGACGGGAUUUGGAGAGGAGGCGAGCCAAGGAUGAACCCACCAUCUCCAAGGUUUUGAAAAAUCCGGAUGCCGAGCGUGAAGUAGGCCGUGAGAAUAAAGAAAAUAAAGAAGAAAAGGAGAAACCCCAAAGAGAAUCGAAGGGCCGUAAAAAAGACGACAAAUUGCGUGAUAAAGUUCUGGGCCCGAGGGAUCGCGAGGGAAAAAUGGGAAAGGGUUACAAAGACGAUAGGAAACAGGAGCGCGAUGGAAAACACCAGAAGAAGCAUGAGGACAAGAAAUCGUACCGCCGUGAGGAGAAUCACCCCAAGGAGGAUAAGAAAGUCGAUGGGAAAAGCCAAAAAGAGCUCAAAGACGAUUUUCGGGAGCAGAGGGAGAGGAGGACUGAGGAGAAAAAGGGAAAGAGUUAUGAGAAGAUGAGGCAGGAGAAGAGGCGCCUGGCAGAGUCGAAAAAACAGGUGGAGGGAAGUGCAGAAAAUGUUAAAGAGGUGGGAAAGAGGGAUGAAGGGGAGAGGAGGAAAAAAGAGGGGAAAUUUGAGAGGGCAACCACCCCCCCGGAGAGGGCGGGGGUGACGGGGGUGGAAAAAUUGAGAGCAAGGAGAGAACCCCAAAGAAUUCUGGUGAAUAAUUUUUAUGAUGAAAAACUUUUGAUACAAUGAAAUUAUUAUUUUUUCCUCCAAAUUUUAACUAGUCGUCAUGAGUUUAAACGAUUCGAUUCAUUGAUUUUAGUUACCAAUUCCACUGACACAGAAUGUCGAGGAGAGGGUGACACCGUGAAAUCACCGGAGCCAAUUCAAAUCGAUAAAGAUCCCCGAGGAUUUGACAUGGACGACAGUGACACGUCCGCUGUAAAAAAAACUCUGAAAUUAUCUCGGAGAAGGAGUUCCUUGGAGAGCGGUGGAGAUGCUGGAGGUGGCGAUGGGGCACAACUCAGGAGACACAAGUCCCUGGACGGUGAUAACCAGAGUAAUCUCCAGAAAAAUUCCCACGACGAGAAGCAUAAGGAUAAAAAGGACUCCAGGAAGGAGCGGAGGAUAAGAAACAAGGAUCGACCUGCAAUGGAGAUUUAUCGCCCUGGAAUGGGAAGGUUCAGCAAACAGAGGAUCGACAGAGGAAAAUCCAAUACCGAGGAGAGAGCAACUUUAUCUGAAAGCCCCACUAAUACCUCGAGUGAUCAGAAAUCUGAAUUACGAUCUAUGACGUUUAAACGAAGUGUCAGUCGUGAUAAUCCAUAGUGAGAUGUUUUUUUUAUUCAAUAAUAAAAAGUUUAUUCCACUCAA